AUGGCAGAAAUUGAUUAUUUACAAAAUUACCCUCUUAUUUGGGAAAAGCACAGAGAGCUCAAGUUCGAAUGUUUGACAGGGCUUACAUAUUCAGACAGAGAGGCUCUAGUUUUUGUUGUCAAGGCUGCAAAUGUUAUGGAUGAAAUUUUUUAUCUGCAGGCGUGGUACAGUAAUCCAUCUCUUAGAGAUUGGUUGAAGGAGCAUGCUGAUACAUCAGAGUUAAAUAAGUUGAAAUGGUCAUAUUAUCAGAUUAACAAGAGUCCGUCGUCUAGCCUUGACGAGGACGAGGCAUUUUUGUCGACUGCAGAUUCAGCAAUAAGGCUGCUUUCUAAAGCAACUAGGAUAGUGAAAGAUUGGAAAGGUUUGGAAUACAGAGCAGCAUUUCCCUUGCUGAAACCUGCUGGUGCUAAUUUCUACCCACCAGACAUGGACAAAAUGGAGUUUGAAUUAUGGAAGGACGGUCUAGCAAAGCAUGGACAGAAAGAAGCAACAGGCUUUUUCAGUGUUAUUAAAAGGCACAGUGAAUUUAUUUUAGAUUCUCAUCAAUCAGAUAACAAAGCAGGUUCUCAUGACCUCUAUAUAGUUCCUUACUCUGAAGAGUACAAAUCUCUUCUCGCAAAAGCUGCUGUUUUAUUGCAUAAAGCUGGAGAUGUUAGCGACUCACCGAGUUUGAAGAGGCUGCUACAUAGCAAGGCUGAUGCUUUCCUUUCAAAUGAUUAUUAUGACUCAGAUAUAGCCUGGAUGGAAUUGGACUCUAAAUUGGAUGUCACUAUUGGUCCAUAUGAAACUUAUGAGGAUAAACUUUUUGGAUAUAAGGUAAUAAUUGCGUUGCAAUUCUUUUGCGCUACCUUUGAAGCAUAUAUUGGAAUCAGGGAUGAUGAAGCAACAGCUCAAUUGAAACUCUUAGGUGAUUAUCUGCUGGUACUAUGCUUCAACCUUUCCAUUGUGAACCAUAAUUUAUGCUUAAAACUAUCCAACCGGAAAUUUUACAUUGAAGAAUUAUUUCAGGAUGUCAAGGGACCACAAACUCUAGCUUUCAAUCUUCCAAAUGAUGAGCAUAUUGUAAAAGACCGGGGAUCAUCAAUGGUCAUGCUUAAGAAUGUUUCGGAGGCUAAGUUUAAGCAUAUUCUUCUUCCUAUAGCUGCUGCCUGUGUUGCAAAGGAGCAACAAGAACAUGUAGAUUUUGAAUCAUUCUUUACGCGUUCAAUUUGCCAUGAAUGCUGCCAUGGAAUUGGACCACAUACCAUAACACUUCCAAAUGGCCAAAAGUCCACUGUCAGAUUGCUCAUAUCAUUCCUUUUGAUACAGGAAUUACAAGAAUUUUACUCGGCUCUGGAAGAAGCAAAGGCUGAUAUAGUUGGCCUUUGGGCAUUGAGAUUCUUAAUAUCCCAGGAUUUGCUUUCUGAUAGUUUAUUGAAGUCCAUGUAUGUUUCUUUUCUUGCUGGAUGCUUCCAGUCUGUACGUUUUGGUUUAGAGGAAGCUCAUGGAAAAGGACAAGCAUUGCAGUUCAACUGGUUAUAUGAGAAAGGAGCCUUUGUCUGGGAUUCUGAAGGCACAAUCUCUGUUGAUUUUACCAAGAUUGAAGGAGCAAUUGAAAGCCUGAGUAGGGAGAUACUCACCAUACAAGCCAAAGGUGAUAAAGAGAAUGCUGGUUUGCUUCUCCAGAAAUACUGUGUUGGCUGAACCACUAAGUUUCUCUAAAAAAGUUGGAGAAUAUUCAGUGAAAGCAAGGGAACCAAUGUGCAAAAGUUUCAAUGCUGCCAUCAUACGUUGUGUCAGCCAGGGAAAUUUAUUCAAUGAGUGUGUUUGUGCUAGUUGUUACUAUGAAAUAGUGGAAUGCUUGUUUCUUUGGGAUGUUGCUGUUUUCUGUUGAUUGAUUCAAAAGUAAAACAAAUCAUGGUCUUAGAAAGGAGUUUUAGACCUUUAUAGGGUUAUUAUGCUAAUGAUGAGUGACCCAACUGAUAUUGAAUCGUAUCUAUUCCAAGGUUUUAAUUCCAUUCUUGUUGAUGGUC